GCGGGCUGCGGGGGUGGGAGGGACGCUGAGGGGCAGAGGCAAGGGAGGCGAAGCCGGCUUUGAGGCUCGUUGCUAGCAGGGGCUAUUGAUGAAGGCGAGGCCAAACCCUAGCCCGAUGGCGACUGGGCGGGGGCGCGCCGGGCCCCUCCCGCCCGUGCUUUGCCCUCGCCGCGCUCCGCUGCCCCCGGCGCUGGCGCCCCGGCUUCAAACGACGCCCGCCUGGGUCUCCCCGUCACAAUGGGGCGCGGCCCGGCGCCGCCGCCGCUUCCCCGGCGAGGCGGGGCCAGAGGCGCCCCGCGCUGCGAUGGGGGCGGGCGGCCCGUGGCUGCUGCUGCUGGGCUUGGGGAGCCUGGUGGGUGGCGCGGCCGGCUCGACCCCACCCGACGGCCGUGGCGCCGCCUCCUACGCAGUGAUCGUGCCGCGGCUGCUGGCGCCCCGCGCCGGGCGGGAGCCGCGGGAGGUCGCCUACCUGCUGGAGGUGGAGGGGCGGGGCCGCGUCGUGCACCUGAGGCAGAAACGGCUCUUCGUGCCCGAGCACUUCACCCUCUUCACCUACCGGCCGGGCGGGGCCCUCCAGCGGGACCAGCCCUUCGUGCGCCGCGACUGCUUCUACCACGGCUACCUGCAGGGCAGCCCCGCCUCCCUGGCCGCCCUCAGCACCUGCUCGGGCGGGCUCCGCGGCCUGCUGCGCACGGCGCAGGCCGCUUACGAAAUCGAGCCGGUGCCGGACUCCGCCACCUUCCAGCACGUGUUGCACCGGGUGGAGGAGAGGGCCGCCGGCCUGCGGUGCGCCUUAACCGACCGGGAGCUGCAGCGCCAGGCCGCCUUGAUCCCUGGCCUCAGGGGCCUGUUGGCCAAGCAAGCGACCCAGCGCGUCUGGUGGACACACACCCGCUACCUGGAACUCGUCUUCGUGGUGGAGAAUGAACGCUUCGUCCAGUCAGGCAGCAACGAAACCAAAAUCCUGCAGCAAAUGCUGGACAUAAUCAAUAUAGGAGACGUCAUGUACCAUCCGAUGGGCGUGCGUUUGUUCCUUGUGGGGCUGGAGAUCUGGACACAAAACAACCGUAUCCCAGUUAAUAGUAGCAUAGGUGUGAUGCUUGGCACUUUUAACAACUGGAGAAGAGUGGACCUGUAUGAACGGCUGCGCCAUGAUGUAGCUCACUUACUCACAUACCAAGGGUAUGGAAUAACCCUUGGAUUAGCAUAUAUAGGAACAGCGUGUUCUCAUCAUUGGGCAUCAGCCGUUCUUUCUUUCAGGGCUCUUGGAUUGUACUCUUUUUCCAUUGUUUUUACUCAUGAGUUGGGCCAUAACCUCGGCAUGAUACAUGAUGAUCGUUAUUGCAAAUGUAAACGCAAGACCUGCAUCAUGGCUGCGUACCACAGCAUCACUGAUCUGUUCAGUAACUGCAGUUAUAACAACUAUUUCAAUUUCAUGACUAGCGGUGCACAAUGUCUGCUUGAUCCUCCAGCACCGGAGAAAGUUUAUACACGCAAGUACUGUGGCAACAAGGUGGUGGAAAGUGAAGAGCAGUGUGACUGUGGCUCAAAAUUUAAUUGUGAAAAGGAUCCUUGUUGCCAACCCAAUUGCACAUUGAGUGCAGGUGCAGCUUGUGCUUUUGGAGAAUGUUGUGAAGACUGUCAGAUACUUCCAGCAGGAACACUGUGUAGAAAAAGUACUACUGAGUGUGACCUUCCUGAAUAUUGCAAUGGGACUUCACAGUGGUGCCAGAAGGAUGUAUAUGUGCAAGAUGGAGCCCCUUGCAAGGAUGAUGCCUACUGCUAUCAUGGAAACUGCUCUAGCCAUGAUCAACAGUGCAAAAUGAUUUUUGGUGAAAAAGCAAAGGUUGCUCCAUUAGUUUGUUUCAGAGAAUUGAAUACUCAAGGUGACCGUUUUGGCAACUGUGGUCUUAAUAGUGAUACUACUAAAUAUAAGAAAUGUCAAGGAGAAGAUAUCUUAUGUGGUAGGGUCCAAUGUGAAAAUAUGAAAAGUGUACCAUCUUUGGAGAACCAUAGUACCAUACUUCAAACUCCAGUUGAUAAUAACUGGUGCUGGGGUACAGACUAUCAUCAUGGGAUGGAUAUAGCUGAUAUUGGAGCAGUGAGAGAUGGCACAUCUUGUGGUCCUGACAAGAUUUGUGUUAACAUGAGUUGUGUCACUGUGUCACUCCUGAAUUAUGACUGUAAUAUAACAAAGUGCCAUAAAAGAGGAAUAUGCAACAGUCAUAAAAACUGUCAUUGUAAUUAUGGCUGGGCACCUCCAGAUUGUCAACAUAAAGGAUAUGGAGGGAGCAUUGACAGUGGACCACCUCCGCCUAGGAAGGCCUUCUGGGGCAGUGCUAUCGGAAUACCAAUAUUCCUUGCUGCUACUGCUGCUGUUGGGAUUGGGCUUUGUGUAUAUUAUAAAGCUGCACUAAUGGGAUGGCUUAGAAGAUCAGUGGCCAGAUUCCGCCCAACGCAGCAAGCAGAUGCCUCCAGUGGGGGAAAGGGAGUCCCCGAUAGCUCACAUGAGACAACUGCUACUGUGUCAAAACCUGUGGUAGAGUCCAUGGAGAACGCAUGGGAUUUUUUGUAAUGUUAAAUGUAUAAACAAUAUGUUUACCUAUUUUAAGAAUAAAUUCAGUCUGUAAGCAUUGAUAUAGCCUUUUAAAAUUGUGUCUUGAAGGACUUGGUCUCUGCCUAAGCUCAGGGAGUUAGGAAAAUACUAGGAGUAUCUAUAUAGCCCCUUUCAUCUCCAUGCUCUACAAACAAACUCUCACAGUGCCUUGUGAGGUAAGAAACUAUCCCUAUUUUACUGAUAGGUAAACAGACACAGCUGUAUUAAAGUAAUUUGUGCAAAGUUACCCUUUAAGAGGAGGAAAUGUUUUGGACACUGCCACAUGCAACAAAAGAUAAAGGAAAAAAAUGUUCUUGCCAUUUUACAUUCAUUCACUGAAGUGACUCAUUCAGAUAUGGGUGGGAAGCAGGCCUUCCGCUCAGAUGCACGUGUGUAUAGAAAGGAGAAGGGACCAUAAAUCCUAACUAGGAGCAGAUGCGGAGAAGGAGGAAGAUCAUGACUCUAACCAGGAAUGCGUUCUUUGAAGGGUUGGGUAGCCAGCAUUCUGCAACAGGAAGUUUUACACUUCAUGGGAUGGGAGAGACUUAACUUCCACGUUCACAGCUGAUAAACUUCUGAAUGUUUGGAAACUGAUCAGUAGCUUAGUUGACAUCAAGCUUGACAUUUCACAAAAAUAUUCUUUUUUGGGAACGUUCCAUUACCUUUUGUGUGUGGCUGGGUCAGAAGCUCUUGGUGUCUUAUUUUCAAUGGGAGUAACUCUUAAUGAGCAUGCAAAAGUAUAAAUGAGAGCGGGAUUUGGCUCAAAGUCAUUUACCACAUAGGGUCUUAUAAUAGUGGGGCCUGAUCCCCUAAACUCGCCACACAUAGAACUCUCACUGAAUUUAACAGAGUUCUAUCUACCUAAGUAUCUACAGGGGCCCCUUUACUACAUCAUGUAUCCUCAACACUGUGGUGGGAUAAUGAAAGUAUUGUAAUCUGCAUUUUACAAAUAGUUAAACUGAGGCAUAGAGGCUGUGAUUUGCCCCAGUUAUACAAGCAGUCUGUAGUACCACUAGGAAUAGCAUCCCAGGGGUCAUAUUUUUAUUUGUUAUUGUAUUCUUUAUAUGACACUAUAUUCUUUAUAGUGUCUAGAGUCCAUUUUGAAAAAAUCCCUUCCACAAAGAGCUAACACUAUAUUUGGAAGACCAGAUACAGCAAAUAGGUAUAACAAAUGGGGUGUGGCAUGGGAGGGCUGGGGGGAGGAACAGUAAUAAAAACUUUUUUUUCCAAAGACUAGCUCUGUGCACAGUUUGUAGGUAUUGGAGGAGAGCUUUAUUUCUUGUUUUGUUUUUUGGAUAAAUAAAUGUAUCAGUAGCAGUAUGCCCAGCUUGCUAUCUACCUAGCUGUUGUUGGCUAACAAGAAUACCACAAACAUUGUAAUAGAAACCUA